UGCCGCGUGCUCAGGGCAGAGCCCUGGGUGCUCGGGGCGCUGGGGACAGCGGCUGUGACACGUGGGUGCCCUGUGCAGGGUGCUGGUGGCGCUGGCACCUAAGUCCUGCUGGCUGCAGGAUGGGGGAGGGUGCUGGUGGCACCAACUUGUGAAGGUGGUGAUGCCAGCAGCUGUGUCCCUUGAGCUGGCAGCGCUGGUGACAGCAGCCUUUUCUGUCAUUCUGCGAGCCCCCCGCCCUGGCACCACUCUCUGUGUCCCCCCUGGCGGUGUCCCCACGGCAGCGGGGCGAGUUUGGGGGUCCCCACGGCAGCCCUGAGCCCGUGUCCCCUCCCCAGCGGCGCGGCAUGAAGGGCAAGGCGCGGAAGCUGUUCUACAAGGCCAUCGUGCGGGGCAAGGAGACGCUGCGCGUGGGCGACUGCGCCGUGUUCCUGUCGGCCGGGCGGCCCAACCUGCCCUACAUCGGCCGCAUUGAGAGCAUGUGGGAGUCCUGGGCCAGCAACAUGGUGGUCAAGGUCAAGUGGUUCUACCACCCCGAGGAGACCAAGCUGGGCAAGCGCCAGAGCGACGGCAAGAACGCGCUGUACCAGUCGUGCCACGAGGACGAGAACGACGUGCAGACCAUCUCGCACAAGUGCCAGGUGGUGGGGCGGGAGCACUACGAGCAGCUGACGCGCGGCCGCCGCUGCCAGGACCGCCAGGACCUCUAUUACCUGGCGGGCACCUACGACCCCACCACGGGGCGCCUGGUGACCGCCGACGGGGUGCCCAUCCUGUGCUGACCCCCGGGGUGCCCACCCUGUGCUGACCCCGCCCUGCUCUUAUGCAAAGGGUGACAUUUGGGGACAUUGGGGGCACAUCAGGGGACGUGGUGGGGGAGGGGGGCUCCCC